GUGCGCGUGUGUGAGUCUCAUUUUCGAGCUCUCCUGAUAUUUGCGAAUAUUAUUCAGUCGACUUCCGUUCCGAUCGCAUAUAAAAGCGCGCCUGUGUGCGCGCCAUAUAAAAUCAUUUCUAAAUUUAUAAAAACAAACGCGUAUACACACACAGACACACGCACACACACUCCUUCACUCGCCGCCAAAGAAAUCAAUUUAAUUUGUGCAAGACGUAAUGCCUUAAGAUGUAUAUUUAUGCAUAAAUAUUUGCCCAAAGAGCACCCACACACAAUAACCAAACAAAAAUCAACAACCAAGUGCGUAGCUAACAGCUAAACAACAUUAAAAAGUGGGAAAUAAAAUUUCUUGAUUUAUUUUCGCCAGACAAAUAUCGAUAUAAACAUACUCGCGCACACACACAGACUCACAGCGAAAUCCUCUUCGCUGCAUUUGAAUUAUAUUUAUUGUUUGCCUUUUUGUUGCUUUCUAUAUGAGUUUUUGAACAUUGUUUAUUUUCACAUAAAUUCUUCAGUUGAAAGUGAAAGCGGCGUCGCAUCAUCAGCGUCGUGAAAUGUUGUUGCCGGCGACUCGGGAUCGCAGAAUGGACAAGUUAUGCUAAUGGCCAAGAAAUAUACCGCAAAAACACUGACAAACAAAUGCAACAAAUCGGACGAAAAUCGAAAUUGAAAAACUGAAAACAGAAGUUAUCUGGGCAGGCAAAAUGCGCUUGCAACAUCGUUAUGCCAGCAAUCCAACUACAAAUUCGAGCAACAACAGCAACAUAAGCAGCAACGCCAGCAACAACAACCAGAGCAACAACAACAAUAACAUCAACAUUAAGCGGGCCAAGAAACUAAGUGGCCAGAACAUUAUCAAAUUGCGCUCCGCCAAGCAAUCGGGCUCCAAAUCAAACGCCACCUCUACCAUCACAAUGCCACCAGCAACACCACAGCCGUUGUGUCGACAACACCCAAUCAUGAUGGAUAAGGAAUUGGAAUCGGCCACGGAAUCGGCGGUACUAUCAUCGCAUAAUAACCACAAGUUGGAGGAGGAGGAUGAGAUCGACGUGGAGGAGGAGACCAGCAGUACGACCACCACGUCCGUGGAGCUGCGAUCCUCGGCCAGUUCGCAUUACAGGGCAUACACCACCAUCCGGAGCAACUCGACGUCGGCGAUUCUGCACGAGGCGGUACUGCCGCCGCCCCUCACCCCCGCCGGAAUGCUAUACGCCCGCCCACGCACCCUCAAUGUCCACAAUGUCUGCCAGACGCCCGCGCAGAUAACGCAAAUGUUUUUUGGAGAAGUUCUGAAUGCAUGGCGAGCGAAGGCCAGAUGCAAUGUGGUGCCCGACGAGCGGACACAUGAACUCUUCCACGAGCUAAGCUUCCAUCCUAGCCAAAAGCAGAUUAGCGAAAUGCUGCAGACUGCCAAGAAAGUGGCCCGCAAGGGAGGAAGUGGACAGGCAAAUGGGCUGACCUUUGGCCAGUUUUGUGUUUUAGCCGCGGAUCUGAAACGUUUCAGAGCUUCAACGAUUUCGAAUCAGCCAUCGUACUGCGACUAUCAGUCUCUGUCCACGGGACUGCUGCUCCCGGAACAAGAUGAUCCUGCCAGCUCCUCCAAGCCACAUUUGCAGUCGCCUGCGGCCACCAACUCGUCACCUGCGUACAGCGCCAAGAAGCCGGAUAACCAUGGUACCGAACUGAGGAGUACCAAGUCCUUUAGCAGUGUGGACGAUACCAAAAAGAAGAAGAACGCCACCAAUGAGCCCGUGGAGGUGUUCCUGGGCGGUUCCUGUAAUCCAACCACCUGGCGAGCCGACGUUGCCAUACCAGCCCUCAAGGAGCUGGGCAUUUCGUUCUACAAUCCUCAAGUAUCCGAUUGGACGCCCGAUCUCAUCGAGCUCGAGCAUCGAGCUAAGGAAAAGGCCCGUGUAUUAUUCUUCGUUAUGGAUUCGGAAACACGCGCAUCUGCUGGUGCCAUCGAGGCGGCACACAUAGCGGGUCAAAACUGCAAGCAGCUGGUGUUGGUUUUGCAUCCGUACAAACCAAAUCAGAAGAUCCUCAAUGAGCCUAUUUCACAGCAAGAAUACCUCGAUCUGAAUCGCAAUCAGUUGAUACUUAAGGAGCUGGUCUCCCGUCGCGGUCUGCCCGUAUUGGAUAACAUACCUCUGGGUCUGCAGCGCACUAAGGAUAUCCUGUCUGGCAUCAGGGAUCCACCGUCCAAAAUAUCUUCUAUUUUAGAUACCGUUCGCGGCGCCUUUGAUCGUGUUAAUCCGCAAAACGAUCUGCUCACUGUGGAACAAUGCAAACGUGCUCUCUUAUUCCUAGGCUAUGCUCAGAGUUUAGUUAAUUUAGACAAUCUAAACAAGAUUAUUAUCAAUCAACGCGAAUCGCUGAAAUUGCUCCAAACGCACAGUCCAAGAGCUGUCGCCGAUGAUUCGGAUGCGGAUGCCGAUGGCGAUGGCGGCAACUGCAGCCAGCCCAUCCUGCCCAGCCAGGAGCUCAUCGACUUUGAUCUGUUCUGUGUGAUCUCGGCGUAUCUGUCCGUCCUGCAGCAGGAGAUCCACGAGAGCGGCUGCAUUUCGCCCAUUAAGGGCACCAAUGUGCCGCCACCGCAAGUUUACUUCACCAAUGCUCCUGAUGUGGACAUUUACUACUCGGCCAGCAAGAAUAUUUCGCGCACGUCGAGCAACGCCAGUGUUCCGUCGAACAGUAGCAGUGGUAUCGGACAUGAUCUGGAGCGCCAGAGUCUCUUCGAGCAGCUCAGUCGCAGCCGGGACAGUGGAACUUCGUCGCCCCAGCCCACGAGCAGUUUGGGUAAAAGCCCACGACCACAGAUCCUGCUAAACGUAGAGUCCAUCGAGACAACGGAAAUAAUCACAACCAAAACCAUUGAGACCAAGCCCAAUACGGUGACUGCAUCAACUGUUGUGCAUGCCGAGGAGGAGGAGAGUGAUUCCAACGAUUCGGUCUUCUCCAGCAGCAGCUCCAUAGCCAGUGCCGGCGAUGUACUCUGCUGCGCUGGUGGCUUGGAUCUGCGGGAUGUCUAUCUGGGCGGAAGUUGUGUGCUCCGCACCAAGUGGCGUCAGGAACUGGCCGUACCCUACCUGCAGUCCAAGAGUGUCAGUUUCCACACCCCUGCGCUGCACGAAAGCAUCCAGCAAAUGAUUCAAAACCAGGAACAGAACCAGGAUCAGGCUCAGCAACAAACAGUGCCCCCGCAGGAACAGCAGCAGCAGCAGCGUUCCUUUGUGCGCACUCGCAGAAAGUGCAGGGGCAACCAGCUGCAGCUGGAGGAGCAGGAGGAGCUGACAGUGGCCGAGGAGUCACUCAGCUGGUCCCUACCGCCGGUCGCUGUUCGUCAGAGCCUGUUCAACCCAUCGCUGCUCGACUCCAGUCGAGUGCUGCUGUUCGUCAUCACCAACGAGACCCGUUCCCUGGCACCCAUGACCCUGGCCGCCCACUGCAUUGGCCUCAUGUACAACGUGGUGCUGGCGGUUCAAAUGCUGCCGGAAGACUGUGUCCUCGGUGGCGAGAAGCUGACUGUGGCGGCCAUCAAGGACUACAAUCGCGGACGGUCGUACCUGAUCGACUUGGCCAAAAGGCAGGGUGUGCCCGUGUUCAGCGACAUUAGGGCAGCCCUCGAGUGCACCGUGGCCAAGGUGAAGGCGUAUAACAACCGCGACCGCUGCUAAAUCGUACCUGUAUUUAAGUUCCAGCACGUGACAAUUAAGCUUAUGUCUUAGUCUAAGGCCUAGUGCAAUUUACGUUCUAUUCUUAACCCCCUCUUAACUAACUUAAAUGGUGUCUGAUCGUAUUCGGAGAACACUCUUCUACCUAGUUAACGCUAUACGUAAUAAUAUAUAGAAGAUACAACGAGUGUAAAACCACUAAAAUGUCGUCGCCCAGAGAGCGCAUUUCAUAACCUUAUGGAGAAAGUCAUGCAUUCAGCUCCCCUCUCUCUAUAAUCGCUAUAAGCUAUUUGCUUUAUGCUAAUUUAUUAUUUAUUUAACAACAUACACGUGGUACAUGUGCUAAAUUAAAUGUAAAUAUUCGAACGUGUACAAUUCGUUAUGCAUAUAUGUACAAUGAAACACCAACUAAAAAAUAAAUAUUUUUUAAUCAUAGUGAGCAUUCAGAUCUAAAAUAAUAUCUAUAUAAAAGCCCCAUCAUGUAUAUGUAUACCCAUAGUGACCCACUGUACCAGUUAGCUGGCAAAAAAUAUCUCAAUAAACCAAUUUUUCUAACAUA